UAUUUCACGUCCUUUCGUCUAUCAGGGGAAAUGAAACGCAACUGUUAAUUAGCAGUGCUAAACAGGUGUUUAUUUUAUUGAGUUUAAAUGUCGACAAGAGAGUACUAGCAUUUGCUAUUCGCCUGCAUUCAUUGAAUCAUUUUAAGGGGGCAAUGCGUGAGUACAAAGUGGUGGUCCUGGGCAGCGGCGGGGUCGGGAAGUCCGCCCUGACGGUACAAUUUGUGACGGGAACCUUUAUAGAGAAGUACGACCCGACGAUUGAGGAUUUUUACCGUAAGGAAAUCGAGGUGGAUUCGUCUCCUUCUGUGCUGGAGAUUCUCGACACCGCGGGGACCGAGCAAUUCGCUUCCAUGAGGGACCUUUACAUCAAAAACGGGCAGGGGUUCAUACUGGUGUACAGCCUUGUCAACCAGCAGAGCUUCCAAGACAUCAAGCCGAUGAGGGAUCAGAUCAUCAGAGUGAAACGGUACGAGAAGGUGCCCGUGAUCCUGGUCGGGAACAAGGUGGACCUGGAGAGCGAGCGGGAGGUGUCGUCGGGCGAGGGCCAGGCGCUGGCCGAGGAGUGGGGCUGCCCCUUCAUGGAGACGUCGGCCAAGAGCAAAACCAUGGUGGACGAACUGUUCUCGGAGAUCGUGCGGCAGAUGGACUGUGCCGCCCAGCCGGACAAAGACGACCCCUGCUGCUCCUCCUGCAAUAUACAAUAGCCCCUCCCCUGCCCGGCGACCAGUCAGCCAACAGGAAGCUCCGCCGUGAAGUCGGACCACGAGAAACAGAUGCAAGCGGACAAAAAAACGAAAAUAAGAACAAGAAACCAAUGGUGAAUUUGUUUUGGGUGUUCCUUUUCUUUUUCGAUGCAUAUAACCAGUCAUAAGCAGUGAUUUAAUAUUGUUUUAAAAAAUAAUGUUGACAAAAGUGAGCGAGAAGAAUGCGGAGAAGCAGCAGCGAGAGGAGGAGGAGCGUGAUUGGCUGAGAACGCUCCCUCCAGCUGGUGGGCUCUGUGACGUGUGUGCUUUGGCGGGGGGGUGCGUUGUCGCGGAUCGCGGAAAAGUUUCGCUUCGUGUCGUUCUGCAGUUUGAUUUGCUCGUAUUCUCUUGAACCGGUGGUUUUUUUGUAGCGUUCGGUUUCCGUUUAAUGACCCGGUUCCUUUCCUCGCGGCUCCGCAGCCGGACCCAGCGUGGAGGCACACGCAAGCCCACGCAGUCGCAGGGCGGGAGGUCACCCUCUCCUCCGCUCCUGCUAAACGCUGAUGAGUAAUCGAUUUGUUUACCAGGUUUCUCUGCACAGGGAAAGAGAAGCCUCUUCACUGAG